AUGGCCACCGACUCCAAGCACCUCACCCUCCACGACGAAAAGAUGGGCGACUCGACGGAAAAAGUGGUGCCUGCACCAACUGCUCCGUCUGCCAUCGAGUACACUCGGUGGCAGAAGUUUGUCUCGGCUGUCUGGGAUCCCGACUACUACCUCAAGUCUGAGGCGGAGCGUCGCCUGGUCCGCAAACUCGACACAUACAUGCUCACGGCCCUCUGCUUCGGCUGGCUCAUGAAGUACAUUGAUCAGACCAACCUCACCAACGCGUAUGUGUCGGGAAUGAAGGAGGAUCUCAAGAUGUUUGGCAACGAGUACACGCGCCUCUUGACAAUCUACAACGCUGUUUACUGUGUGCUUCAAAUCCCUUCCAACCUCAUCGUGAUGAAGGUCCGCCCGUCUUGGUGGCUCGCGGGUUGUGAAAUUGGUUGGACAGCCUUCACCUUUGCGCAGGCCGCCGCAACCUCGACAACUCAGGUCUACGUCUUCCGCUUCUUCGUCGCAUUCUUCGAGGCCGCCUUCCAGCCGGUUUGCUACUUCCUCAUGGGAUCAUGGUACCUCAAGUCUGAACUUGGCAAGCGUAUGGCUGUGUGGUACUGCUUCAUGCCUUUGGGCCAGGCCAUGAGCGGAUACCUCCAGACUGCAGUUUACAAGGGCCUCAACGGUGCCCACGGCAUGCAAGGCUGGCGAUGGCUCUACAUUGUUUGCGGUGCUAUGACUAUCCCCGCCGUCAUUCUCGUCUUCAUCCUCGUCCCCGAGUUCCCGUCCAACGCCAACGCGUGGUACCUCACCGACGAGGAGAUCGCCAUUGCCCGUGAGCGCUCGGCCCGCAAUGGCACCAAGCCCAUCCUCAACGACCUCAAGUGGGGCCAGUUCGCCUCCAUGUUCAAGCACUGGCGAAUCUACUUCCUUCCCCUGGGCUACAUCUUCUACGGCUUUAGCGUGCAGAGCUACAACUACUUUGGCAUCUACCUCAAGGCCGAGAACUUCUCCGUGUCCAUGCGCAACAUCAUCCCAUCGUGCUCUUGGGUCGCGUCGAUUCCGGUUCAGCUCCUCAUUGGCUACCUUUCCGACCGUCUAGGUACUCGCUUCUGGGUUAUCGCCGUCAUUCUGUCUUGUCAGGUCAUCCCCAACGCUAUCCUCACUGCCUGGCCUCCCUCGGCGGGCCUCAAGAUUUUUGCCUUCUUUGCCAACCCGCUCUUCUUCGCCACUUCGCUCUACUACACCUGGUUGAACGAGAUAUGCGGAGCCAGUGCCGAGGAGCGCGGCGUCGUGGUCGGCAUGACCAACACUGCGUUCUACGCCUUCAACACGUGGCUCCCAAACCUCGUGUUCCUCCAGUCCGACCAGCCGAGCUUCCGCAAGGGAUACCCAACGCUGCUCGGCAGUUUGCUCUGCGCGCUUGCUACAGUGGUUUGCAUCCACCUUUUGUACAAGCGCCAGCAGCGACAGGAGGCUGGAGAGACCGGGUCAGAUAUUGAGAGGGCUCCAGAGCAGAAGCAUGCGAUCGCGCUCGACCCAGCUGUAGUCCGUGUGUUUGUGACCAAUCUCUUAUCGGAGAACUCGAGCCAGCUCGAGCAUAUCGGUUCCCUCCGCGACCAGAUUGCCACCCAGCGUGAACAGAUCGAAUGGCUAGAGUCGAGGCUCAACUCUGUUCUACGGGAUGGAGGCACGGCUGUCGCAAAUGGAGGAGACAUCUCAGUGCACGAUGUGCCCAUGGCGUCUGGCGGCGCGACAAGCGCCCCCGCAGAGGUGCCAGCAGCGGGCCUCCCCGUCACCGACAGUCCGUCGCCGGCCGAGAGGCUGGUCCGACAGAUCAUCACGGCCAACACCGGCAUCAACCUGCACACCAACAUCCUGCAGCAGCUGGGAACGGUCGCGGCUGUCGAGAGUGACCCAGACGGCCAUGCAUCGCAUACACCGUCGUCCACGGCCUGGCCGCCAAAGCAGCUUGCGGAGCGUCUUGUCAACCUCUACUUUGACUACACCAUUUGCUUCUAUCCCAUCCACGAGAGGUCCGAAGUCCUCCGCGACCUCCAUGACAUCUAUGCCAUGACUGCACCGGAUGUACCCGGUCCCUCGUCGUUCAAGUCACCCGACUACAGGGUGUACCGACUCGCCAUGAUGCUGGCUGCCGGCUGCACGCUCCAGGAGACUCAGCGACGAAUCCCACGUACCGAUGCGUCGGCCUCAUUGUGCAGCAAUGCCUCGUCGGGAUCCUGACCUUUGGCAACUACUGCAUCUUGGACUUUGGUCGUACUUCCCCCGACCAUGUCGCUCGUGUCGUGGUGCAGUACGCCUUGGAACUCGGACUUCACAAGGAUCCGGAUCCCAGCUUGCAGCUCGAGGAGCGCGACAGACGACGUCGGAUCUUCUAUGCCAUCUACAACCUCGACCGGGUUGUCGCUCUGACGAUGACGAAGCCUCUCCUGCUCCCAGAUGAGAUCAUUACCACUGAGCUGCCAACCGUCAUCCACGCAACGACACCGUUGUUUGGUUACCUCACCGCAACAACAUUCUUUCACCACACCAUUAAGAUGCGCAAGAUUUCGGGGAUAAUCCUGAGCCAGGUCUACCUUUCACCUCCCCCCGACGUUGACGAGAACCGCGAGCAAGUGCUCGCCAACAUUCACAACAUGAUCGAUGAUUGGUACAGCGACAUCCCAAGAGACUCGAAGGGAGAACUGUUCGCUUGGUUUGAACUGUUCUACAACAUCCUCUUGACCAAUCUGUAUCGACCGUCAUCACUCUUCAACAACACACAUCCUUUGCGAAUGACGGCCCUACGUCGCACAGCCUACCGUGCAAUCCAGCUGUUCAAGGUGCUACAAUCGGACCGUGGCGUGGCCGAGAAUCUUGUCCACUUGUCAUCGAUCGUCACGGCCGCCGUGACACUGGUAUACACAUUGCUGGAAGCAGAGGGAGACCCACGGAAUCUUGCGCUCAACGCCUGGAAGCGAGAGGCGUUGGCGCAAGUACUCGAAACUGAGCAGUUACUCGCGGGGUUCUGCGCGAACUGGGUGGGCGUUCAGCGUUUCUACGAGGCGUACCACACGCUUGCCAACGAGGUUCGAACGAAGGUUGGCGCCCAGCCGGAGGUGGACCAGUCUGCUCGGUGGACGUCAGCAGGCCAGACCCCU